AUGCUGCCCGAUGGAUUCGGGGAGCUGAACAUCUUCUGGCGACGCAAUUUUGCCAUCAGCGAAACCUUCGGCGACGCAUUCUGGGUCGAAUCACGGGCCAUCAGGUUGGCUCGUUGCGUGCCGAAGGAUACGUAUCCGGAUCGCGCGACAAUUAGAGGGGUCGGGCUGCCACCUGAUAAAUUUCUGGCAGCUUUUAAAGAUGCAGUGGAUCAGCUGAGCAACACUCCAUUCCUCCGUUUGACGCAAUGUUAUUCGAAAGUGAAUGAUUGUCUGAAAUCCCAUUCAAUAAAUCCACAACUCGUCCAUCAUAUUCUUCAAUCUACCCUGCCGUCAACCUCUGAACGUCGUCGUCUCGUCAUUAUUGACGUCAAGAUGAACCGGCCGUCGGCGUCAGACGAAAGCCUUGGCUUCCUUGGCUUCCAAUUUGUGACUCAAUCGUCUGGAAAUAUUGAUUUUACGGCUGCAGCUUGGAUGGUGGUGCUUCUCUCUUUGUCUUUCGGUCUUUUAAUUGGGUCUAUUUUGGCAGAUUCAUCAUGUUAUUCGGAGUGUAAACAGGAUCGAUCUCCAAUGUGUGGUGUAUGGCUCGAAAAAGAAGAGAAUGCGGCCGCGGCUGGAACUUAUCAGCUGAACGCCGGUGUGGUGAAUAUGAGCUGUGAAUUCACCUCCCGCCCAGCACCUGCGCAAGUAAUCUGGCAACAUCGGCCAUCAGAUGAGAUCGGGGGUAACUGGAUUGAUUUUGCGUGUUCGACGAAGGACGAGAACAAGAUAUGCAGCCAAGAUGUCGAGCAUCGAGUCACCUCCCAAUGCAUCCUCCGUAUCACAUCUCUCAAUUCAACUGGCAAUUCCGAGAUAGUCGUCAACGUGGCCGGGAUUGAGAAGAUAGAGAAGGUGGACAGUCAAUUGACUGUUGGCCAGGCUGGAUUUAUCGAAGUCGAGAUAUGCGCCAAUCCGAAACCGGAAGUAACCUUCCUGGUAAACGGACAAUUAUUGGGGACUGGGGAAGCGGAUGGAAAAGCAGCGGUGUCACUGCUUCGACAGUUGAAAAUCAGGACCAGAAAUGAUGGCCCAGCCCGCCCGAAGCCCUAUUGCCAUUCAAUUCGACUGAUGCUAGCCAGGGUUGAAGCUACGGAUUCCGUAUCGGUCAUUGUUCGCAAUGAAGGGGAGACACGGACGGAACCAUUGCAGCUAAAUUUGAAGAAAAAUACGGCGAUCCCCUCCGUUCUGAUGUCCAUCUUGAUUUCCCUGCUCAUAUCGAUACUCAUU